AUGUCCACCUUGAUGAAAGGCAUUAAUGUGGGAGAACGGGCCCACCGACUUCAGAAAAAUCAACACAAUGUGUUCUGGAAAUUUCUGGAGGGGGUACUCGAGAUUCCUCAAUACUCCAUGUCAGGCAGGUUACCAUCUCCCGAAAGCAUCGAAUCUUGUUUGUCAAUGGCGGAGGUCACGAGGGAUUUUGAGGAUUGGGAAGAUCUACUAGAGGAUAUUCAAGCCAACCUUGUGGCAAUUUCUAGCGCCAAAUCCUGA